AGGGCGGGGCAGGGGAGGCAGCAUGCUAAACCGGGUGCGCUCGGCGGUGGCGCACCUGGUGAGCUCCGGGGGCGUCCCACCUCCGCGCCCCAAGUCCCCAGACUCGCCUAACGCGAACUCAGCGCAGCCCGCUUCCCUCCCAGAAGCUCCCAAGAGCCCUCCGGCAAGGUCCGGGAGCGGGAGCGGGGCACCGGCGAAGACCGUAGAGACUCGAACGAGCUUCUCCAGACCGACCUUUCUGCAGCUGAGCCCUGGGGGGCUGCGACGCGCCGACGACCAAGCGGGCCGAGCUGUGCAGAGCCCCCCAGACACCGGCCGUCGCCUGCCUUGGAACACGGGUUAUGCCGAGGUCAUCAACGCUGGUAAGAGCCGGCACAAUGAGGACCAGGCCUGCUGUGAGGUGGUAUAUGUGGAAGGUCGGAAGAGUGUUACAGGGGCACCUAAGGAUCCUAGCCCGAGCCAGGGCCUCUGCUUUUACUAUUGGGGCCUAUUUGACGGACAUGCAGGGGGUGGAGCCGCUGAAAUGGCCUCAAGGCUUCUGCAUCGCCAUAUCCGGGAGCAGCUAAAAGACCUGGUGGAGAUACUUCGGGACCCCUCUCCACCCCCCCUCUGCCUCUCAUCCACCCCGGGGGCAUCUAAUCCCUCUCACCUGGUUGCUCCUCAGUCCUGCUGGUCUUCGCAAAAAGAAGUGACCCAUGAGAGCCUGGUAGUGGGGGCCAUUGAGAAUGCCUUCCAGCUCAUGGAUGAACAGAUGGCCCGGGAGCGACGUGGCCAUCAAGUGGAGGGGGGCUGCUGUGCACUGGUUGUGAUCUACUUGCUAGGGAAGGUGUAUGUGGCCAAUGCAGGCGACAGCAGGGCUAUCAUUAUCCGGAAUGGUGAAAUCAUUCCAAUGUCUCGGGAGUUUACCCCGGAGACUGAACGUCAACGUCUUCAGCUGCUUGGCUUCUUGAAACCAGAGCUGCUGGGCAGCGAAUUUACCCACCUUGAGUUCCCUCGCAGAGUUCAGCCCAAGGAGCUGGGGCAAAGGAUGCUGUACCGGGACCAGAAUAUGACCGGCUGGGCCUACAAAAAGAUCGAGCUGGAGGAUCUCAGGUUUCCUCUGGUCUGUGGGGAGGGCAAAAAGGCGCGAGUGAUGGCCACCAUUGGGGUGACCCGGGGCUUAGGAGACCACAACCUCAAGGUCUGCAGUUCUACCCUACCCAUCAAGCCCUUUCUUUCCUGCUUUCCUGAGGUUCAAGUGUAUGACCUAACACUGUACGAGCACUGCCCAGAUGAUGUACUGGUCCUGGGAACAGAUGGGCUGUGGGAUGUCACCAGUGACCAUGAAGUAGCCACCACUGUGGACAGGGUGCUGUCUGCCUAUGAGCCCAAUGACUCUAGCAGGUACACAGCUCUGGCCCAAGCUCUGGUGCUGGGGGCCCGGGGCACCCCCCGAGACCGUGGCUGGCGUCUCCCUAACAACAAGCUGGGUUCCGGUGAUGACAUUUCAGUCUUCGUCAUCCCCCUGGGAGGGCCAGGCAGUUACUCCUGAGGGGCUCAGUCCCAUCACUCCCCUCACCACUCGUAGCCUCUCCUUCCUUAAAGACCUCUUCCAGUCUACAUUCUGAAGUGGUCUCCAUGAUCCUUCUUUAGUGACAACUUAACUGAAGAUGGGGUCAGCUAGAUCCAAAAUUAUAGCUAUUGGUAAAUAAACCAGAUGGAAAAAGUUG